UCUCUGGCUGAGCCAAAGGUGGUGUGCUGAGUCUGCAGGGAGAGACCUACAGGAGCUGCUUGGCAGUCUUGCCUCGUUAUUGGUACUGCCAUUCUCGGCUUGGUCUUCCUAUGCACUCUGGACCCUUCAGCCUGUGACUCUGCUUUACAUUUCUACCAUUUUGAUGUGGGUCCUGUUGCAGAGAGCCCUUCCAGUAGGCGUCAGGUUGGGCUGUGCAGUGCCAGGGAGGAAGAACUGUCAGAAGCUGGGAUCCAGAGGGGUUUCCCAUGAGUGUGGGGCCAUGAGGCUGGUCCAGUUCCAAGUCAAGGGAUCAGCAGCCACACCCCGGAUUGGGCUAGAAGAGAAGGAUGGAGGCAACGUGAUCGACCUGAACGCUUUUGAUCCAUCUCUGCCUAGGACUAUGAGGGCAUUCCUGGAGGAAGGAGAUGUGGCAUUUGCUGUCGCUAAGAGAGCACAAGAGUCUGGCCAACAUGUCCUGCCCCGUGCUGAUGUGUCCCUCUUGGCUCCCAUAACUAACCCUGACAAAGUGAUCUGUGUGGGAAUGAACUAUGUGGACCACUGCUUGGAGCAGAACGUGAAAAUCCCCAAGGAGCCCAUCAUAUUCAGCAAGUUCCCCAGCUCCAUUGUGGGACCCUACGAUGAGAUCAUCCUCCCACCAGAGAGCAACAAAGUGGACUGGGAAGUGGAGCUGGCCUUUGUCAUUGGGAAGAAAGGAAAACACAUCCAGGAGCCGGAUGCCCUGAGCCACGUUGCAGGGUUCACCGUUGCCCACGAUGUGAGUGCCAGAGACUGGCAGAUGGAGAAGAAUGGGAAGCAGUGGCUUCUGGGGAAAACGUUUGACACCUUCUGCCCUCUGGGACCAGCUCUGGUCACCAAGAACUCCGUGUCAGACCCCCACAACCUGGGGAUCCGCUGCAGAGUGAACGGGGAGCUUGUCCAGAACAGCAGCACCAACCAGAUGAUCUUCAAAACAGAGGCACUCAUCGCGUGGGUCUCCAAGUUUGUUACCCUGUACCCAGGAGAUAUUUUCCUCACAGGGACACCUCCUGGUGUCGGAGUUUUCCGGAAGCCUCCAGUGUUCCUGAAGAAAGGAGAUGAAGUACAGUGCGAGAUUGAUGAACUGGGAACCAUCCACAACAAGGUGGCCUGAGGGCUGCUCAGCAGAUGGUCGGUAGCUUCUCUUCCUCAACAGCUGCAGCUACAAUUCUUAAAUGCCUUAAUACUAAUUUCAAAUCAGGACCACAGACAAAGGAAAUUUUAAAACAAAGUUCCUAACUGAUUGAUUGCCUCUUUGGGAACUACUCAUAGGCCUAGAGCCGAGGAGACAGCCAACUACAGCUCAAGGCUCAGUCAAGAGUUUUUGGACACUUCUGUGUUUAGAAGAGAUUAAAGAGAGUACAUGUAAAGGUGUGUAUGUAUGAUUCAUGAUGGACCUGCUUCUCCCAGGGAGGACUCUUCAGUUCUGGAGACCUGAAAGCUAUGCUGGGAUUCCAUACGUGCAUAUGUUAAUUGCUUCAAGGCAAAGAAACAAAGCUGGGAGACAGGCAGGAAAGAGGGUAUGUUGGGCCGUCUGAAGUUUUACAAUUUUACAGAUUGAUCUGGUUGACUUUGCACAGGUUCGAUAUCACUAGCCUGGCCCUCAACCACACAAACAGUUGAUCUUCCCCUCCUUCUUUAGCAGUGUUUUUUCCCUAGUAACUUCAGCCUGUGUUCUUUGUGGCCCCAUUAUAAAUGCAGAUGGUGGAAUUUCAAAGUAUUUCAUCCCCAG